GUGGCGGUAGCAACUGGACAUUCAAUGCAGCAGUUGUCUGGUGAGACUGCUUUUGCUAGGCCAGCGCGUAUUUGCCGCUGUCGGAACGGAGAGGAAAGCCUCGCCUCUUCUUUGUCAGGUCUUCAAGUAGCUGUUGUAGAUACGCUUACUACUACUGUUGCUACUGCAGUUAGCGUUCUGGUUUGCGUCGCAUAUCAAGCCGCACUCUUUCUCAGAUCAAUCCAGCCUCAACGAGGGGUGAACUGACCUGUACGCGGGUAUUGGCAGUUUGUGGGGAAGAAAUCACCCCUCAUUGCCCCGACAGCUAUUAGUCAGUAGCGCGAUUUCAUUACGCACAGACACGUUGUCUAUCCGCACUGCCGCAGUGAACAGCAACUUAGUGUAGAGCAUUGGCAUGACAUACGCUACCAUUCAUGUGCAAAAAUUUGUGUAGAGUGUCACGCAUCGGGCGACGACUACUUCUCUUGGACUAACAACGGAUGGCCCUUAACAGGCCACAAUACUUUGGCAACACGCACAAGCUGGAUCACUUUAACAUGAAAUCAUUAGUUAGGUUGCUGUGGCAUCAAUUCUAUUUCAGUUUAUUAGCGACGGCUUCCCUGGCUAUAGCUGGCGGCUAUGCGUUACCUGAUGACUGCGCGCUUAUCAUAUCCGCAAAAGCCAUCACAGAUGUAGGUGUUGGGGUACAGAAGUGCAUUACGUACGAUGACGUCAACGACGCAGUGGCUGAGGCAAAGGACAAAUUUUCGGGGGGCCAUGUUCCUCCAGAAAUUUACGAGUUGACAUCAGAUACCCCCACCCCUGAGCACGUCACAAUUCCAGCUGAAAUCGUGUUGGAAGCCACCAAGAUCUUGGCAAAGCGGUUCCGCCUUUCGUAUCAGGAGAUCGUGUUUGGCCUCCCCAAAAUUGACACAUCCCGCACGAUAAUUAAUGAUAUCUGCCCUACGUUCCUCAAGCCUAUUAAGUGUGAGGUAUCUCGCUACAGAACGCUGUCCGGACAGUGUAACAACUUGGAAAAUCCGUCAUGGGGUUCUACGCGUUCGGCCAUGGUCCGUUUCAUGCCACCUGCGUACGCCGAUGGCAUCUCGGAGCCGCGUCGGGCUCGCGAUGGAAGCGAACUUCCCAACCCUCGAAUGGUCUCGUUCGUUAUCCACCACGACGUUUCGGAGAAAGACAAACGCGUUCGAAACAUUCUUGUCGCCUUCGGUCAGUUGCUAGAUCACGAUCUGACCCUGGCCGCUCCGACCCUCGAUCACGAGAGACAAGAUAUCGUCUGUUGCCCUACGCCUCUGGAUAAACGACAUCCAAACUGUAUGCCAAUCAAAAUUCCUGAUGACGAUCCUUUCUACAAGUUCUUCAAUCGCAAAUGUCUUGAAUUUGCGCGUCUACUGGCUUCACUUCGUCCUGGUUGUACUCUUGGUCCACGGUCGGCCUCCAACACAAUUUCAGCGUUCAUUGACGCCGGCUUUCUGUACGGUUCUACUUCGGAGGUGGGCUCCCGUCUCCGAACGUACCAAAACGGACUCCUAAAAUCCACUAACCUGUACAAGGAUCUAGGGCUGAAAGACUUGUUGCCAAUGAAAACUGUCGAAGCAGACGUCGGCUGUAUGUCACGCCCACGUAACCUCUACUGCUUUGACGCAGGGGACGAGCGAGUUAACGAGCAAUUGGCCCUGGCAGUCAUGCACACGCUCUGGAUGCGUGAACACAAUAAGGUUGCCGGAAUCUUGCAAAAAAUCAACCCACACUGGGACGAUGAGACUCUGUUCCAGGAGACUCGUCACCUUGUUACCGCGCAGGUACAACACAUCGUUAUUAACGAAUGGUUGCCUAUGGUUAUUGGACCUGAUGCCAUUCGCAAGUAUGGCCUUGAGCCAGCCAAGGACGGAUAUUAUCACGGCUAUGAUCCUAAGAUCAACGCGGCUAUCAGACAGGAGUUCCAAUCUGCUGCAUUUCGAUUUGGACACACGUUGCUUCCCGAUGUAACAGAUCGCUAUAAUAAAUUCCAUGAGAAGAUUGAAUCGAUUCGUCUUUCGCGCCUACUCCGUCAGCCCUAUGACUUAUACAAACCCGGGGUGAUCGAUACCUUCAUCUUGGGUAUGGUGAAUCAGCAGGCCAAUCGUGUAGAUCACGAGGUGACCACUGAGGUUACAAAUCAUCUGUUCGAGAAACAUGGAGAUGGCUUUGGGAUGGAUUUAGUCGCCUUGAAUCUUCAACGAGGUCGUGAAACUGGCGUUCCAGGCUACAAUGAUUUCCGCGAAUACUGCGGUCUUCCACGUUCUAAAAGCUUCUGGAACCUUGUUGGCUAUAUGUCUAACAAGACGAUUUAUCGUUUCUCCCAAAUCUACAAGCAUCCCGAUGAUUUGGACCUGUGGUCUGCCGGCGUUGGUGAGUUCCCUGUACCUGGCGGACUUUUGGGUCCUACAUUCAGUUGCCUCAUCGGGGAACAGUUUGCGAAUCUUCGUCGCGGCGACCGUUUCUGGUUCGAGAACCACGGCUGGCCCUCUUCGUUCACCCUUGACCAGCUGGCGGAAAUUCGUAAGUUCUCGUUGGCACGCCUUAUCUGCGAUAACUCGGACGAUAUGCACGAUAUGCAAUUGCAUGUGUUCGAAAAAGCGACCUCUGACGGAAAUCCCCGAUACGGAUGCACCUCCGACCGCAUGCCCAGCAUGGACUUGAGUAAAUGGAAGGACAUUAAGUUUGGUCAAAAAAAGGCCAAAUAGACAUAGAAGCACAACUCGUUAAAGUAACAAAGCCGAUCAACGACAUCAUCAUUCAUCAGCUCCAAGAAAUUACCCAUAUCGCGAAAAACAGAUAGGAGCAAUUGUGGUACAGGCAAGUCCCAUAGCCCAUGCAACUGAUUGCGUUGCCUCUUAGGACAAACAAUGGACUGUUGUAAGGGUCUUCUAAAAGGUUACUGUGUUUUUUUUUAUACACAUGUAUAGGCGACAGCAAAGAGAUACCAAAAAGUCGCUGCUUGAUCAAAUUGUCAUAGUCAGAGCUGGAAUUGUAUUUUCGUUGGGAUAUGCGAUGAUGCGAGAAUAACUUCUCUCAAUUAUGUAAGAAUUGUGAUUUCGAUUCAGAACUAGGAUCUUUGGACAGAUUCCACCUUAAUAUGCCAAACAGCCUUCUUUAUUCUUCUUAUUUUGCCCUCUAUCCUAUCAGAAGCAUCUUCAUCACUACGUCCGGUAAUGGCAAACCCGCGAAAAGAGGUUUGAUGGACAACUAUUUUGGCAAAACGUACCAUGCAUCGUCGUGAAUUGUCUGCAACCCAAACCAGAACCCAAAGGGCUGUAACUCGUACCAUUUCUGUCCCAACAUAUGUACAAGUACUUUCCAGUUACUAAAAGUUACCAUGGCAACAGCUUAUAUUCUUCAGCUGACAACCAGAGACGUAGAUUCGAUAAUACCUUUGGCAGAUAGACACCAUCGCAACCAGAAGGAAGACAAUUUAUGCACAUACAUAUAACGUACAACGUAUUGUCCAUAACAUGAUCCCAAGUGAAGAGAACUAUUGUUGCCAACAUAAUUUGCCCUGUGCGACUCAUUGUAGUUAGUUGCUCUAGGUAGUGACUAGAUUUGGGAAGGACCAGUUUAGGUAGACAAGCAGAACGAAGACUAGCUACUAGAUAGGUCGUUAUAGGUAUGAAAAGAUGAGAAAUGCUAGGUUUGAGUCUAUCAUUGCACUGUCAUACUGUUGUUUUUUUUAUUUCGUUCAGAACUCUGGUACAAAUUAGCCUGAUACUUCGCACCAUGAGAUGCUUGGAUGGUUGAUUAAUGCUUGUAAUGCUAUUAAUUAUGAUGCAUUUUAAUGCUUGUACCUAUGAUUAAGUGUGCACCUGACGACGUAAGCCACGAAAUCAACAGCUCAACAGUUAAUUAUAUUUAUAUUAUAAUUGAAAUAAAAAAUAUACGGUAAAUAUAAUUUAAACUGUGUGAGAUGGACUAUUGAUUAAGAGUAUUGUUACAGCCUAAAUAAAACUCACAUGGACUAGUUAACUGA